AUGUCUGGCUCGCAAACCAAGGUUGAAACCAUCGAAUCUCGAGCCACCUCGUGUCCCCCUGUAUUACCAUGUGUCCUCCAAACAUGUGCUAAGUUGUGGAAGGGAUUUCUCGGGGAUUAUAGUUGCCCUGUGGAGUGGACGACUACCCUAGCCCGAGGGCUUGUUGAGCUUACCCUAGGGUCGGCCCUGAGUUUAGGUUACCAGAAAGCCUUUGGAACAGAGGAGAAAAGAGACAACUUUUUAAGAUGGAGGUUUCAAUUAAUGGAGAAAGGUAUCCAAGAACUCGAUUUCAAACCAGAAGGUAUCAAUUCCUUGCUUCAAAUCAAUGAUCUGAAAAACUCUCCUGGCCCAUCUAAGAAAGAGCUUCGUUUCGCCACAAAACAAGCUGUUCAUCUUCUCCAAGACAAUUACCCAGAAUUCGUAGCCAGAAACAUAUUCAUCAAUGUCCCAUUCUGGUACUAUGCAUUCAACGCCCUUUUCUCUCCUUUCCUAACCCAAAGAACCAAGAGCAAAAUGGUGGUCGCCCGUCCGGGAAGAACAACAGAGACUCUUCUGAAGUUCAUUCCAAUUGAAGAAAUUCCUGUUGAAUAUGGAGGUUUCAAGAGAGAUAAGAAUGAUUCAAAGUUAUGGGUUGAAGAUAACUGGUUUUAAGAGCUUAUAGUAAAAGGUGGAUCAAUUGAAACAAUUGAGAUAGCUGCACCAGAGAUUGGAACAACAUUUGAAUGGGAUUUGACAGUUUUGGGAUGGGAAGUGAACUAUAAAGAAGAGUUUGUUCCAAGUGAUGAAGGUUCUUAUAGUAUUAUCAUUCAAAAGGUGAAGAAAUUGGGUUUAAAUGAGGGACCAAUGGAAGCAAGAAGAAGAAGAUGA